AUGGUCAUAUUUGAUGUUCCAAUCUUCUUUGUUGUAUUUAGAGAAACUUUAGAAUGUACAAUAAUAAUGUCAAUAUUAUAUGGGUUCAUAAAUAAAAUAAUUCCAAUAGAAACUCAAGAAUCACUGACCUCAUCAAAUAAUCAAGAAAUGACCACUCAGCUUCAAGAAACUCAAAAUAAUGGAUUAUUGCAACGUCUACACAGAUUUCAACAGCGGCAGAAUACUUCAAACCAAGAAUUACGUGAUCAACUGAAAAGAACGGUCUUGUAUGGUACUGUUGCUGGAGUGAUGGUUUCGUUGGUCCUGGGACUUUUGUUUGCGGUAGUUUUUAAUGCCAUUACAAAGAAUUUGCAAAAUGCAACUGGGGAAUUAUUAUGGGAAGCACUUUCUUCGUUACUUGCCGUAGUAUUAAUUACACUAAUCGCAUGGUAUAUGAUCAAAGCCGUUUUUUGGAAAGAAACAUUAGAAAAGCAAAUAAAAGAUACCACAAUAACUUAUCUAAAAAGAUACUUUAGUGGAAAUAAAUGGUUCUUGUUUUUUUUACCAUUUACUGUUAUAUUGCGUGAAGCUUUGGAAUCUUUUAUAUUUAUUUAUGGGUCUUUCGAAGAAAAACCCUUGCCUAUCGCGAUAUCAGGGUCGAUUGGUGCCAUAUCGGGUUGUUCAGGAGGUUAUCUAAUAUAUAAAUGUUCUCACCAUGUUCCAUUACGUGCCUUUUCCAUAAUCUGUAUUAUAGCUUGUUUUUUUGUGGCUGCUGGAUUAUUUGGGAUUUCAAUUUAUGAUCUUGAAAUAGUCACAAAUUCAAAUCAAAUACUUUUAUGGAAUUUAGAUUGUUGUGAUCCGGAUACUAGUCAAGGAUGGGAUGUUUUGAAAAAUAUCUCUGGAUGGUCUAAUAAA